UCCCGUCGUCAGUCUGGCACGGACCUUUGCCGAGGGAGGACAUGCGUUAGCCUCGCGACCUCGCUCGCGUUCCAUGUGCACUGCUGCCGAACUGGGUCCGUACUGUUUGUUCUUCCGGCGUCCAUUGCGUUCGACAAAGUGUGGUGGUGGUGCCUUCGGUGUUUUUCCCCCGACGUUUGCAUGGACACUCACCUGCGGGCGGGAACCACAAACACGCGCCCACGCCCCCCCACCCCGGGACCCUUUUUUUCAGGGGGAUACAGUCUCACCUUUUGUGCGUCGAGGUGAACACGAAUGACCGAGAAGAAGGUGUUGGCCUUUGGUGAUACGGUAAACAUCAUCAUCGUCGUCUCUCCCGCAGGAGGAAGGGGCGUUGCUUCGGCCGCCAUUAAGAGGGGCCUACGGUGAGCGCGGGGCAUCGGAUAGAGAUAUAUAAAUAUCAACGGCGUGGUAGUGAGAGAUAUAUUAUACUCCUGAAGGUCUCCUCACGUUGUGAUGGCGCCGAGCACAGUUGCUGGGCUGCGGAACUGUGAAAUCGUGUCUUUCCACGUCAACGUUGCUGUUGCUGUUGUUGUUGUUGCUGCUGAUUUAGCUGCUGCUUCUAGCGGCGGCGGUGGUGGUGGUGGUGGUGCUGUUGUUGCUGCUCCUCCUGCUCCUGCUGCUCCCUGCCAGCUGCUCUCUCUCUCCACUCCUCCUCCUCCUCAUCGAUUUUAGGCCAACCGAUAAUGCGUGGAAGUUCGGAGAUUUGCUAAAAACACACCCUCACACACAUACACACAAUCGACACGUCCAAGUCGACAACCUCAUGGUAGAUAGAUAACGUUGGGCUUUUUUUUGUUAUCCAUAUCAGUCUCUCGUUCAGUUGUUUUUCAGUCUCGGGAAAAAUCCAAAGAAGCAAAAUUUUCUCCUCGGUAGGAGGAGAUUGUACUAGCUACCUGUAGGUUUUAUUUUAUCGUUAAAUUCGGUCACCAGAGAGCGCUGGAAGAUAGGAAGUAAUCAAUCACAUCUUAUAGAUUAUUCCAAACCAGCGGAAUAUACAGAGAAGUUUAAAAAAAUAAGGAGAAUAAUAAACGUUUUCCUCUACAGGUCGUACAGCUCUUUGUUUACGUCGAUCAGCUGUUGUUGCAGCAGCGCUUCUGCUCAAACCUGCUAUAUUUAGCCCUGCCAGUCUACGGGGACCCAUCUACAUUUAACACCAAAAAACACCCUUAGCAACAGACUUGUGUACCAUUUUUAUAAUACACCUUCAAAGCACAAAUCAUAGCACUGUCAUAUACGUAAAUAUCGGGUGAGAUAAACCAACAUUCCUUCUUUUUCAUUCUAAUUUGCAUCUAAGGGUUUGAAGUCCUGUGUAGCCACACGAAGCUCCCAAUCUUUUGUUCUUUCAAACGAACGAGAAAAAUAUAACCUUUUAUCCCAUUGUGAUAAGCUGGUGCUGUUUUUUUUUAUUAUUGUUCCCCGAGGCAAUCUCUUUAUCUGUGGAUUUUUUUUUGUAUGAUUACGAAAGUGUGUUGUACUAGAGUAACUAGACCUUUCUUUAAUGAAUUGUUUGAAAUCGUAGGCCUAUAUAAGCUAGUGCUGUGAAUAAUUUUAGUCUACGAGUGAUGGAAAGGUUAGAAAUCCAAGUUGUAAAGCAUUGCACGGAUUUAUGAAAGUUUUGAAAUCGUGGUUAAUGUAUAAAAUUUAAUAAUAAGGCCGAAGAAAUACGUGAAACAUUUUUUUUUUUUAACAAAGAAAAUCUUUUGCACCGAACAGUUCCUCAAAACAUAGAUUCGAAAAGGACGAUAUAAUAAACGGGCAUCAGAAAGGGGGAAGAGAAUAUCUGCUUGCCAUUCCAAGACAUGACAGUACCCCAGCACGAGGCGCCCCCAAGAAAGUCAGACAUGGAAGAGAAACGGGAAGGAUCCGAGGGGAAGGCGGCGUCGACCCUGCCAAGUCCUCCUGACGGAGGGUGGGGCUGGAUGGUCGUCUUCGCGUCGUUUAUGAUUCAUGUUUUAGCUGAUGGCUUCACCUACACCUUCGGCAUCUAUUUCGUCCAACUCGUCACGUACUACGACGCGACCAAGGCUGCCACCUCUUGGAUCGCCUCCAUCUUGGUUGGGGUGACGCUGGGCUCAGGUCCAGUGGCGGGUAUCCUGGUGAACAAGUUUGGUUGCCGGUGGGUAACCAUAGCAGGUGCUCUUCUGGCCUCUCUCUCUCUCUUCGUUUCGAUAGGGGCUCCCAAUGUAGAGACCUUGUACGUUACGAUUGGCCUGGGAGUCGGUUUCGGCUUCGGCUUGAUUUAUCUCCCGGCCAUCGUCUGCGUCACGGGCUACUUUGAGAAGAGAAGAUCGUUCGCCACUGGCAUAGCAGUGUGUGGCUCAGGGAUUGGCACCUUUGCCUUCUCACCUCUUGUAGAGCACUUGAUCAAUGAAUUCAGCUGGCAGAGUUCCCUGGUCAUCAUCUCGGGCAUCAUGCUGAACUGCGUGGUCUUCGGCGCCAUGUUCAGGCCCGUGGAGGACAACAUCCCGGGCACCAAUACCCCUCCAGACCUUGAAGCGUCGAGCGUUCCGAUCCAGCAAGAUGAGUUGAUGCCCAUGAAUGACCUGCCAAAGAUACAGGUAAUACAGUUGACCGGCGAAGAACUCAAGAAAAACAUGAGUGACAUGAACCUUAUAAGCCAGAGCCACACCUCAAACAACAUCCAGAGAAUCGCCUCUCACGGAAACCUCAACCCAAUCCAUCAGAAUCUGAUCAACGCAGAUGCAGCAAGAAUGGCUGCCUCUCAACCAUUGUUGCCAGCUUCUGAGAAGCAGAUCAUCAGCCUUGACAGCGUUCGUCUCCAAGCCAAGAAGAGUGGCAGCCUCCCUUCGUCCCACCAUGGGUCGGGUCUCCUGUAUCGCAAGGACAUCUUCUACCGUGGGUCUCUUUUGAAUAUCCCUGAGUAUAAACAGGAUCCUGGAAGUUACAGGGCUUCAGUCACCAAGAUCCCUGAUCUCGAAGAGACCGCAGCCGUUGUAGAGGAGACGAAGGUCUGUGGAUGCGUUCCGUGCUCUAGGGAGACACACGAUGCCAUGACGAACCUCAUGGACUGGGGCCUUCUCACAGAUGGAAUCUUCAUCCUUUUUGCCCUUUCCAACUUUUGUACAUCCAUCGGUUUUAAUGCUCCCUAUAUCUUUAUUGUUGACCGUGCCAUUACCCACGACAUUCCCGAGAGCCAGGCGUCUUUCCUGUUAGCCGUGGUGGGAAUUUCGAACACUGUGAGCCGUAUCGUGUUGGGCUACAUUUCUGACCAGUCAUGGGUCAACCGCCUUUAUCUCUACAAUAUCGCUUUAACAUGUUGUGGGAUUGGAACUUGCGUCAGCAUCUGGUUUUACAGCUACUGGGCUCAAGUUUUAUACGCAGUUAUAUUCGGGUCAAUGUCAGGAGCGUAUGUUGGUCUGACCUCUGUAGUUCUAGUUGACCUUCUGGGGAUGGAGAGACUCACUAACGCCUUUGGUCUUCUGCUCAUGUUCCAAGGAAUCGCAUCCUUGAUUGGACCCCCAAUUUGUGGUGUCCUGUACGACAUCACAAAGUCUUACGACUGCAGCUUCCUGCUUGCUGGAAGCAUGAUCGCAGCCUCCGGGCUGAUGCUCUUCUUCAUCCCCUGCAUCUGGAGAGUCCAGGCCAAGAAACUGGCAAAGAGAGCUACUGCCAACACCAACUGAAUAUGUUGAUAUUAUUUUAAGAGAUGAUCUUUACAGCCAAUUGUCAGCUACAACAGACUGUGAUUGCUAAGGCUAAGUGAAAAAUGUUUACUCUUAAUCCAGACAUAUGUUAUGAUUAGCGUUUGAGUUUUAUCUGAGAAGAAAUCUGUGGGUAUGAAUCAAAUCACAGAAGUGUCAUGUAUUUAAUGGAAUAGGUAAUUCACUCUAUAAUCUUGUACGUGUAUGAAUACAUAUAAGCAUGUCUGUGCAUACAUCUAUACAUAUACACAAUAACAGUAGAAAGACAGGCAGAAUGUAAGGUAAGGUUUAAACAGUUACAAAAUGAGGUGAAUUAUGUUUGGAGAAAAAUGCUUCAGCUCUCAAUCACAUAUUUUUUUAAAAGGUGUAUGAAUUCCUGUUGGUAUGUCAUAGAUAUGCACCAGAAAAUGAGUGUGUGGGGAAGUUUGUAAGUAAAUGUUAGUGACUCGAACUACGUAUGUCGUCUUCUCAUUUUUAAUUUUGUGUUAUGAAAAUUGCCUACUUCCUUCUGGAGUACCAGUGAUAUGGCUGAGAAAGUGGGUGCUCUAAGAUAUGUAUGAUGUAAACAGUGAAAUACUUAUGGAGAAACACUGAUUUUGUUUAGCGGUGGCUGUGGAUAAAUUGGCACACUGCACCCAGCCUUCAUUUUAAAACGUCGGAGACAAAAAAAAAAAAACAAUCCAUGAAUUCAAGAUGCAAAGAAAUCUUGGUAAAGUCUUCCUUUGUUUGCCUCAAGUUUUACCUUAGUGUGUGAAGAGUUUUAUAAUAUGCUUCUAUAUAUUGAUAUGGGGUGAAUGCAGUUCCCUUAUGUAACAGAGUUCUCCUACUUGAUUACAAGACAAGUUUUAAAAUAUUUUUUGUUAAGUUUUUAUAAACACGGAUUGCAUUUUCUCGUGCAUCAAGUAUUCUUUGUUUUAGUAAGGAAAAAUAGUAGUUCUGAAUGAUUUGUGCAUCUAAGAAUAACUGAUAUAUCAUUUAUUGGGACCAUGAAUGAAUUUACGCAGACUAGAGUACCCAUAUGCAGUAUAAAGCUGUAAAAUGAACUGUGGAGUAAUACAGUAUAUGUAUAUUCAAGUGUGUGUGAGUAUAUGUUUCAGCAUGACGCAGAGCUGGUAGAGAUUAAUGAAGUCAUUCAGUAGUUUUAGGAGAGGCACGGAUGUUGAACUGUAGAGAAUGUAGAUUUUCUUUGCUAUGUACGUACAGCAUAUCACUUCUGGUCAGCGAUGUUUGCAAGGUCAGUUUGGUUAUUGGUUAUUGCACAGCUGUUGAAUUGUAAUGAAGUUGUUGAGUUAGUUGGGCCCAGGUGUCACCUGUCAGUGUGUAAAAAUGACAAGAAUGAAAAAGACAAAAGUAAAGCCAAAUUGAUCGUACAUAGUAGAUAGACUGGAAGUAAUAUACCGUAAUGUCUUAUGGAGAGACAAUAUUGUUUUUCCCUGUAAAUCCAGGAACACAAAAGUGUAUUUCUUCAAAAUGCUCUCAAUACUUAAAAUUCAGUUUCUUAAAUAUUUUGGUCCUUGUAUUAACUUUGAUUCUAGUAUUUUGACAUUGAAUGUUCUCAGAAACAACAGUUAAUUUCAAAAUACUACAGUAUGUAAUGUAUAAUUCUACUUGUAUUAUGUAUAAUUCUGCUUGUUUUGAAUGUUUGUGUGUGUACAGCAUGAGUCAGAAGAUUUGCCUGAACAUGAAAUACACAUUAUGAAUUGAAACUUGAAGUAGAAUAAAUGUUCUACUUCUGCAAUCCAUGAGUUUAAUGCAUGGAAAAUCUAAAAAAUGUCAAAGACUGUCUUCAUUAAGACAAAACUUUUCAACAGAAAGGGAUAGUAUGUGUAGUGUAUAUUACAACUGUUGAUAUGGGUGAACUUAUUAAUGAUUCCUUGGCAUACAAUGCUGAAAAAAAGGAUUUGUAAAAUCCCCAGGUUGCAAUCUCCGUAUGCACCCUUAUGAUUCCAAACUUAUUUUUUAAAUACAUCCCUGUUAUAUCCCAACAAAAUCUCUAUGUGAUAUGAGUAAUGAUAAGGGGUUCUUUUUUUAUAUCUUUUUUUAACAGGUAGAGUAACUUCAGUCACUUUCCUUUAUUAAACUAAAGUGCCUCAGAAGCUGCAGGUCAUGGAUAAACUAGGUUAGAAUUGUGAUAUAUAUAUAUAUAUUAUGUAGUUACAGCAGCACCUCGCUUUCAGGUACUACAUACACACCGAAUUCACAGAUAUUGAUGUACAUAUACUGUAGCAAUUCCAGACUGCUGUUGGAAACAGUUGCCAAGUAUGUCAUGGUAUGUCAUGUUGUCUUAGCAUUUUUUGUUGUGUAUGAAAAUAUACUUGAAGAGUUUCAUGCUCCGGCUAAAGUUAAUGCAGGUUUCAAAUGCUCUGGUCUGUUGCAUACAUUUCAUAACAGACUCUUUAGUCCAUCAUAGGAAAAACCUCCUCAGAUAUUUACAAGUCCUGUACAACCUCAGACCCCUGUAGCUACAGUAUCUGCUAAAGCGAAGUGCCGCUGUAAUUCAUCUUCCUACACCAUGUUUGAAAGCUUUCAUUUAUUACAACAGUGCACAAGAGGGCAGCAGGUGCAGUUGUCUGCAAUUGCACCUUGUUAUACAUAUGUGUUAUCUGAUUCUUUUAUUGCUUGAUAUCUGUAUCUGUAUCGCUGAUUCAUUUAGAUACUCAGAGAAUUGUAUCUUGUCUCGUCCCAACAUCUCUGAGUGUCAAGAGACUUAUGGAACUGAUAGCACACACACACACACACACACACACACACACACACACACACACACACACACACACACACACACACACACACAUAUCUAGCAAUAGGAUUGUAAAGAUGAAACAGGUGUAUCUUGUUGAAUUCCUAAGUGGCGAGUGAAUGGCUACGUAGUAUGAAAGCAGCGUCCAACAAGGACUCUCCAAUGCGAUGCCGAUGCCGUUGUGUUCCAUUUUUCGAGUAGCACGCAGGUUGACGGGAUUAUGCCGUAGCUCAUAUAGUACUUAUGAUAAUCAAGCUUUUUGUUUAGUGUCUAAUAGCGGCUGUGAUGUGCAUUGGAGAGUUGUACAAUUUUGUAUGAUUUUUUUCCCCAGUGUGUGCAUUGCAAGGUAUUGUUUUAAUAAGUAUAGUCAUUUUCUACUGCAGGUUGAUAUCUAUGUAUAAAGCCUAAAUAUUAUAUAUACAUGAAAGAACAGAAUUUACAUAGUGCUAAAAAAAAAAGUACACAGUAUUGGCACAUUGUCAAUAUUUUAACUUUUCCUGUAGAUCCACAAGAUGAUGACGCUGAUUUUAGACGUUGGUGUACCUUGAUGCUGACUUACUUUUUUUUCUUUUUAUAUGGAGUUACAGUUAACAUUGAUGGUUCUUUCACAUGUGACGGAGACCAUUAAUCAAAUUAGUAUAUAACAAGAAUAAUCAGUUUUGAGCUCAAAAUAAGAGACUGCCUAUUAACAAAGUUAUGAUUUUGA